AUGAAGCCUCUUAUUGAAAUUGAAUCGGUGAAGGCUAUCAUUCAAGGUUACCUUCCUGGAAUUAUACUAAAAAUAUUUCUGAUUCUUCUUCCAACAAUCAUAAUGACGAUGUCAAAAAUAGAGGGGUUUACUGCAUUAUCGGCUUUGGAGACUCGGUCAGCUGGAAAAUAUUAUUUAUUUUUGCUUGUGAAUGUGUUUCUUGGAAGCAUCAUUACAGGAACUGCUCUUCAGCAACUUCAAGGACUCUUGAAUCAGUCCCCAACCAUGAUUCCACAAACCGUUGGUGUAUCCAUCCCAAUGAAGGCCACAUUCUUCAUAACAUAUGUGAUGGUAGAUGGUUGGUCAGGCAUAGCUGCAGAGAUUCUGAGACUGGUUCCGUUGGUGGUUUUUCACUUGAAAAACACGUUUUUGGUGAAAACAGAAAAGGACAGAGAACAAGCCAUGGAUCCUGGUUCCUUGACUUGGGCAAUAUCAGAGCCUCGCAUACAACUAUACUUUUUGCUUGGAUUAGUCUACUCCACUGUCACCCCUGUUCUACUCCCAUUCAUUGUUGUCUUUUUUGCCUUCUCCUUUUUGGUUUUUCGCCAUCAGAUUAUCAAUGUGUACGAUCAGAAGUAUGAGAGUGGAGCGACAUUUUGGCCAGAUGUUCAUCGCCGGAUAAUCAUUGGAUUGAUACUUUCACAGUUUCUGUUCUUGGGAUUGCUCAACACCAAAAAGGCAUACAACGCAACAUAUUUCCUGAUUCCACUUCCUAUCUUGACCUUCUGGUUUUUUAGAGUUUGCAAGGGGCGCUUUGAAUCUCAAUUCAAGAAAUUCCCGUUAGAGGAUGCAAUGAAAAAAGACACACUAGAGAAGGCAACAGAACCAAACCUCAACAUAAAAACGUAUCUGCAAGAUGCAUACGUGCACCCGGUUUUCAAGGGUGCAAUAGAGUUUGAGAGACCGAGGGUGAUUGAUGAGGAAGAAAACAAUCCACUGGUGUUGACAAAGAGGAGUUUUCAUAGACAUCAUCAUGGUAAACAAAAACAAGAAGAAGAAGAAGACACUUCUGAGGACAGAAUGGAGACGUCGUCGUCCAAGGGAGGUUCUACUUCUAAAGCAGGUCCGACAGUGAUAACGGCGCAGGACAAGCUGUGA